AUGUCCCCCUACCACUCCGGAUUGUGCGCCGGAUAUACCAUAACUCGAGCUAUCCUGUCUGAUGCGAUCGCCCUUGUUCGCGGGGAUCGGUUCUUUACUACCGACUUUACACCGAGUCGCCUCACAAACUGGGGUUGGGCAGAUGUCCAACGCAACCCAAAGAAUCCGUCGUUCGGAGCUUACCUACCUACAUGCAAGUCCUCUUUUCGUGCAAUCACGGUCCAGCUUAUUGACAUUGACGCAAAGUGCUUGCGAGAAACUUCCCAGAAUACUACCCCCGGAACUCGAUUUACACCUUGUUCCCCAUGA